AUAAGUUAGAUAGGCUAUAUAUACACAGUUUUGCUUAAAAUCAGUAACUCUGUAAUAAGUUAGUUAGGUCAUUAUAAACAGUCUGACUUCAAAAUCAGUUAUUCUGUAAUAAGUCCAAAGUAGACAUAAUAAUUAGGUAAUUACUUCAAAAUCAGUAAUUUCCCAAUACCUUAUUGAUAAUUAUUUUACAAUUGUGUGUUUUACAACUUUUACAUUUUUUCCUUGCUUUUACUUACUGUAUAUUUUUCUUGUGUAACUUUUUAUUGUGUGUAUUUUCAUUGUGUGUUUAAAUCGUGUAAAAUGGCUACUCUCACGCCUAUACCAGCAGAGAUGCUAAAGUUGAUCCCCAUGUUUAAUGGAGACAAACGUCUCUUAAAUCUGUUCCUAAGAAAAUGUGAAUACGUCAUAGCCAAGUAUAGAGGCAACGAUACACAAAAUUUAUACCUGUAUCACUCUAUAACGAGUAGGUUAACUGAUGACGCGGCUGCAUUAGUUUCCGAGCGAGAAGAUGUAGACACUUGGUCUGCAUUAAAAUCCCUCCUAGUUCAACAUUUUGGUGACCCACGUAGCGAGGAAUGUAUCGCUAUUGAGCUAGAGACCCUAAAGUUAAAGGCUAACGAGCCCUACACCGAGUUUUGUAAUAGAAUCCAAACAGUGCGCUCCAUAUUAUUCUCAAAGGUGAACGAGUUAACUGAUGAGAAUACGAAGCGUAGCAAGAUCGCCAUAUAUAAUAAUACAGCCCUAAACGUAUUUUUAUACAGUUUGCCUGAAAAUAUGGUUAGGAUUGUAAGAUUAAAAGGUCCCGACACGUUGGAAAAUGCAUUGUCUAUUGUGCUAGAGGAAGUAAACUUCCAUGACCAGUAUAACAUGAGAAAUAAAUUAUUGAAUAACCACCAUAAUCUAACGUCUAAGUCAUCACAACCGACUACGCAACCCCAAAACUCAUCUAAAUUUGGUACAUCUGCCCCAGGAUUUGUACAUAACAGUUUUAAGCCACCAUUUAACAAUUGCCAAACCCCUAAUUUCAAGUUUGGCAUUCCCAACCAAAAUAGGAUGAUGCUCCCUCAGAGCAACAAUGUAGGAUAUAAACCCAACUUUGGGUACAGGCCAAAUUUACCCCAGCAGACAGGUUAUAGACCUCAAUUUGGUGUUAAACCUCAGUUUGGCAUCCCUAAUCAAAACUCAUUCAAACCCCAACAGUUUGGAAAUAGGCCUCAGACUAACCAACAGUUUGGUUAUAAACCGAACUUCAAUAUUCCAAAGAAUUACACAGAUGUGUCCAUGAGAACAGCAUCGGCAAUUAAACCGGCCCAACAACAAACCGGUGGAUUUCGUCUUAACGAGGUCCAUAUGACCGACGACCCAUCGCCACAAGGCGAACAAUACGAACACGUGUCCGACAAUCAACACGAGUUCCAGGAAUCGUACGACUACGAUUACAGUAUGACCAACGAAUACAUACAGACUGACCAACAUUUAAACGAAAAUACUUCCACGGACGAGCCCGUUGAAAAUUUUCACAUACUAGCCUCAGACCCUAUACAGAAAUGAUUCAACUUAAUUGUGACCCUAACCUUAAACUACCCCAUAUAUACAUCCCCGAGAUAGACUCUGUAUUUAUGAUAGACACAGGUAGUACACGUUCUUUUAUCAGUCCCGAUAAAGCAAACGAAUAUUACUCCGCGUACAAAUACGUUGAACCAUUCAAAGUGGUUAGCACUCAUGCUACAAGUCAACACAGUGAAGUUAUCAGCAUACCCCUUAUGCCCACGUUCUGUAGUAAUCAAGAACAUAAAUUUUACAUUUACAAUGUUGACUCUAGAUACGACGGCCUCAUUGGUAGCGACCUUCUCAAAGAGCUAGAAGCUUCGGUCGAUAUGAAAGAUCAAAUCUUGCAUACAAGAUCUACCUCAAUACCAAUUAUUUAUAACCCGGCCCCAUACAAUGUCAAAAUUCACGCUAGAUCAGAGCAACGCGUAAAACUCCCGACAGAUCAAUACUCUGGCCACGCGAUUCUGAACUUUAAGGAGUUCUGCCCCGGCGUUCGUAUGCCUACCGCGAUAGUAGAAUGUAACAACGGUUACGCAACAACCAUCAUACAAAAUUUGACAGACAAAGACAUAACGAUAGGAAUUACAAGACCAUUUUUAACCAGUACCUUUAUUGAAGACACUUUGUGUGACGUAAACUAUACCACGCAACAAGAUAUAGAAAUAGACAAAAUC